AUGUUCAAAGAACAACUCGGCAAGACCAUGAAAGUAUACAUCAAUGUUAUAUUGGUCAAGUCAAAAAAGAAGGAAGACCAUAUCGACCACUUGAGAGAGGCCUUCGACAUACUCAGACGACACGGCAUGAAAUUGAACCUAGAAAAAUGCGCCUUCGGCGUAACCUCUAGAAAAUUCCUCGGCUUCUUAGUAUCGCAGCGAGGUAUCGAGGUCAACCCUGACCAAAUCAAGGCCAUAGAAGGAAUCCCAGAGAAUUUAACCAGCAAGAAACAAGUGCAAAAGCUGACUGGACGGAUAGCUGCUCUAUUGAGAUUCAUUUCGCGGUCCUCCGAUAGGUACCACAAAUUUUUCGGUGUACUUAAAAAGGAUAAUGGACUCCAAUGGAAUUCCGAGUGCAUCGACGCCUUAAGAAAACUAAAGGCUUACAUGUCUUCGCCACCGUUGCUUGCGAAGGCAGAACCCGAAGAGUGCCUCCCCGUCUACCUGAUCGUGUCCGAUGUCGCAUGCCACCCCAUCUCGGUGGUCACAACUUUUCCGUUAAGGAGUAUCCUGCACAAACCCGAAUUAUCAGGCAGGUUGGCCAAAUGGGCCAUAGAGCUGAGCAAGCACGAUAUAACCUAUCAUCCGCGAACGGCGAUAAAGUCACAAGUUCUUGCCGACUUCGUCGCUGACUUUAGUGCGAAGAUAAUGCCCGAAGUCGAAAGGGAAACUGCCAGUACUUCCGUCAAAAUACACGACCAAUGGAUUCUGUAUACCGAUGGCUCUUCUAACGCAUCAGGAUCUGGAUUAGGACUCACGCUCGAGGACGGAGUGCUCCUACUCGAUAAAAAAGAAGCCAAGAAGCUUAGAAUGCAAGCAGCCAGGUACAACAUCGUCAAUAACGACUUGUACAAAAGAACGUUUGGCAGUCCCCCAGCAAAGUGCUUAGGACUGAAUCAAACGUUGCGCGUCCUCGAAGAAGUACACGAAGGCCACUGCGGAGCUCACAUCGGCAAUCGAGCUCUCGUCAGAUGCCUCGUACGAGCAUGCUACUAUUGGCCCACGGUUAAAUAG